AAUGAAAGACUGAAACAUUGAAGAUGGAUCGUAUUAAAAAGGUGUUCUUUUAUUUAGAAGGGCCACAGAAUGUGGCUGACUUCCAGAAAGUGUGUGGAAUAGAAACAUGUAUACGGAAGACAAGCAAUGGCAUGAAUGGCUUUGUGGCUUCCGCUGAGACUGAAAAUAGCGACGCCGAUAAGCAUCCACAGAACUGCGAAUUACGGCACAGAGAUAUACAUAACAGUGUCGGCAAACAAGGCGAUGUAUUCGAAAACAUUUCAAGCUCAUCAAAAACUGGGUGCAUCCCUAACGGACUAAAUGGUGUUAGCCAUCAAACCAUGAAUGGUUUUGUGAAAAAUGGACACGUUCGAAAUGGAUUGCAAUCGCACGAAUCGACGUGUAAACACAUGGAGAAUACCGACGAGGUUUCGUAUAAAAUCCGUAAUAAAUUUGUUUAUUACCUUUUCCACUUUGGUGCUACUCUGGGUAACGAGUACUUUUAUAUGGUGUUUUUCCCAUUUUUAAUGUGGAAUGUUGACAGUCGACUACUAAGACAAAUGGCCAUAGUUUGGCAUGUUGGUAUGUACCUAGGCCAGGCUGCAAAGGAUGUAUUUAGAAGACCCCGACCUGCUUCUCCUCCUGUGGCAUACCUAGAGAAGAGAUAUGUCACAGAGUAUGGCAUGCCAUCUACACAUUCGACAGUGGGAGCUAUCAUCCCGUUUUCAAUACUGUAUUUGACCCUAAAUGAAUACCAGUACAAUUUCACUUUCGGGCUAACUGUGGCCCUGGCAUGGACAAUAUUGGUGGGCUGUAGUAGGAUCUACCUGGGGAUGCACACAGCACUGGAUGUUAUAUGUGGAAUCCUGACAGCUUGCAUGAUAAUGCCAGUCCUGCUACCACUGGUUGGGACAUUUGACAACCUCCAGGUCACACACCCUCUCGCUCCACUGGUCACAGUAUUGGGAUCCUUAUUUCUCUGCUUUGUGUAUCCUCCCGUGAAGGAGUGGAACACGGCCCGAGGAGACACGGCCACGGUGCAUGGUAUAGGGAGUGGCAUUUCGUUCGGUUGUUGGUUAAAUUACUAUUUGGGCUGGAUGUAUGCUGUGCCUUCUGCAGCCCCCUAUGCAAUCAGCGUCCCAACACCUGAAUGGAUCGCUCUCAGUCUGUUGCGGAUCGUCCUGGGUGCCUCUCUCAUAGUUUUAGGGAGACAAAUUGUAAAGAAGGGAUCCAUCAAAUUCUUGUGUUACAUGUAUGGGCAGGACAGCCAGGACAUUCAAUGUUUGCGUCAGAUGAAGGUGGAAACUCCACAGAAGUUCAUCACCUACUUCACCAUCUCUGUUGGCUCUUCCUUUUUAGCACCGUUGCUGUUUAGGACCCUUUCUAUCCAUAGAGAGGCUUUCUACACAGAGUUCUAGUGAUGCUGUAAAACACCUGUGGUAAUUCAUCAGGCAUGUUGUUGUUACCCAUUGGAACGUUUUAUCACUGCUUUGCUUUUCUCUUAUUUUACUACAUUUGUUAAGAUAUGGAGGUACUAACUGAAGAACUGACACAUUGGACUAAGCUAGGAAUGACUUGGUCUAAGGGAGAUAAUUACCUCACUGAAGUCCAGGUGUCAGAAGAAUGUGUUGUGUAGAUAGACACUUUGGGAGAUGUAGUUGUUUUAAAUGUAGUGUUCUGUAUUUUUUUUUAGUUUUUAAUACUGCUAAAGCAAACCACUCAAUUUUCAGAAAGGGUGACUUUCUUGUUCAGGAAUAUUUAGUAGAAAAUUGUUCAGGCAAUUUAUUUUUAUUUAGUAAGCAGAAAAACUACUCUGGUUUUUUCAUAGACAAUAGCAAGAAAAUAUCUAUUGUAUGUUUUGUGUAAAAAGUAGGAUAAACUGAUUUUUUUUUUUUUUUUCCAUUAACAAUUUCCUUGUGUCUUUCCUCCUGUCACAAAACAAAAUAUUUUUCACAAUAUUUAUAUUGUAUUUAUGCCCUAUACCUCGGUAAAGUCUUAACUGGGUAAGGCCCUAUAUUAGUUUUUAAACUUCCUGUGAUAUACUCAGUGUUAUGUUUAUAUAGCUUAUAUCAAUGCCAGAAUGUCAAUUUGUUAACUGGAAACAAACUCAUCAUUGGUUCUCAAAGGAAGUACAUGUACAACAAUACAUUUUACUCUUAAAUUAUUGUUGAAUUUCUGAGGCCACCUUCUUGAAAAAUCUGUAAGUCUGGCUAUUAUUCAUGUCACUAUUUUUUUCAUUCGGCUGCCUUAACACAGAAACAUUUUCUUUGGAUAAAACUUUGUAAUGGAGGCAUACAAAAUUAUAUGACAUUGUCUGAAAAACAUAAAAAAAAAUAAUAUUUGGCCUUAUAGCUACUCAAAUCAGGCUUAAUUAUGAUAUCAAAGAAAUAUAGAAUCAAUUUUCUCCUGCGUAUGAUAAAGAACUAGUUAACAUCAUCUGGUUUGUAAAAUUGUCACUGAUGUAAGGAGAUAUGAUUGCACUGAUAUAAGUAAAGUAUCACUAAUCCAGCACUCACGAUGUAGUAGAUCGGGCCACUGUAUAUUACAUCUAUUUGCGUAAUAGAACACAAGAAUGUGUUUCUUCUAUGAUCAGUAAUAAUGUUCUUUUUAAAAAAAAAUCAAUCUUCAAAAUGAUUUAUUGCUGAUAUUCCCAAGAGGAAAAUUCUGCAUUGUGUGAACAAAAUAGAAAAACUUAAUCCUAAUCUUUUGUUACAUUCACAAUGCUAAAAAGAUAUUUCUUUCAUUUCAGUAAAUUAAAUAACUAAAUACAUUUCUCAUAUCAAACUGAUUUAUUUUCACUAUGUAUGUAUCAUAUGGUUACCUAUUUGUGAAGAAACUAUAUACUUUAUGUAUAUGAGGCAAAAUAAUUUCAAUUUUCAUCUUAGACAUAUGGUGAUAUCAUUGUCUCUGUGAUCAGAUCGAUUCAUAUAUAUAUGAAAUUCCACAUAUUUAUAUAUAGGCUGAUGAAUAAAAAAAUCCAGAUUUUCAAAUUUUAAACCACAAUAUAACCAGCUCACGUGACCCAUGUUUGUAGUGUCUGGGCACUCCCCAUUACAUUGUGUCACCUGAUAAAAACAUGUUCCUUUUUCUGUAACUCAGAAAUUUUCUUAUUGAAACAAGUAGAAUCGUGACAUGGUUUAAUAUGUACAGUAACCAAGUACAUAAAUGACAUCCUUACAACAGAUUGGACUCAUUUUGUCAUUUGUAAAUUUUGGAACAAAUCUGAUGUGGUCAUGAUCAGUUGAUACGGAGAAAAUGUGUGUAUUUUAAUAUGAACAAUUGCUUGGUUGGCGAGUGUGAGACCUAUCUGUCUCAGAUUUAUAGUUGGAAACUUACUAAACACUUGUGCCUGCAGCCUAAAUGUUAGUAUGUUUAAUUCAUGGUCUACAUGUUGUCUGUAAGCUCCAGAAAGUAUGGAACAAAAACAAUGUAUUGUCAUUAUCCUGUGUGUGGUGAUCAUGAAGGGAGGGAAGUUACAUGGGGAAAUCUAGAAAUUUGAACAGAGUUGUCUGCCUUUAUCAUACAGAGAGUUAAGAGUUGUCUGCCUUUAUCAUACAGAGGGUGUUUGUACACAUGUACACAUGUCUGCCUUUAUCAUACAGAGGGUGUUUGUACACGUGUACACAUAUGUACUGGUUUGUUGUGAUGUAAUUUGUAUGAUUUGUGGUAUGGAGCUUUUGUUUACAAACAAUUCUAAUUCUGUUGAUUGCAUUAUAUGACAUAACUCAAGAUAUUAACACAGUGUGUAACAAUCAUGUGGAAAGGAACCAAAAAAGCCCACACAAAAGUUACAAGUGUAGUUCAGCAGGACCUGAAAUCUUUAUACUUACAUUCACGUUAAACUAGCCAGAUGGAUUGGAAAUGAUCACUAUACAGUUAGUCUUCAUUGAUAUCUGGAAAUCCACUGUUCUGUGUGUUCAAUGGUCUGAUAACACUGUACUCAAUGAAGUACAUGUAUAAGGUAGCUGAAAGUUGCCUUUUGUUGUUACUUAACCCUUUCACCACUGUAGACCAUAAUGGACUCGUCCAUAACAAUGCAUGGAAAAGUACUAAAGUUACAUAGGGGUGAAAGGGUUAAAGAAUGUCCGUUGUAGGGGUCAGGGAUCAUGGAAACGUCUCAUUAGUCAUAUAGGAAAUUGGUCCAAAUUUAGUGAAGGAAUACUAACUGCCAGCACAUAUCUGUUCUAGCCAGUACUUUAGGGGAUAGAUUAGCCUAUCUCUGUUGUCCUUGGUAUCCAGCUGACUCAAAAUUCAGCCACUUUGGUAGGAAGGAACAUGGCUGGGUUAUUAAGGCUCCAGUGUAUACAUACAUAUGAUCAGACUUUGACGCAAAUAUUAAACAACAUUGAUAUUUGAAUUACACGUGUAGCUUGUUUCAUGAUAAUUGGCAUGGGUCGAGAGUAAAACUGAAGCUCGUUGGCGAGUGUCUUUGGUCAGUGGGUCAGUUUCUAUAAACCUUGGUUUAGGAGUGCUAGCAUGCUUUGUGAGUACAAGACUGAUCAGUUUUAAUACAUCGCUGAUGUUUUUUUGUUUCCGUCCAUAAGAUGUCAUACACUCCAAAUGUGCUGUAGUUUGUGCGUUGCUGCGCCUUACCUCCGUGGAGCUAGUCCUGAUGACUGUACACAGACAAGUCAUACUAUUGUAUUAGACGUUGUAAGACUGAUUAUCUUUGUUCACCGUUUCCUUAUCACCAUUCCUUAUACACCUAUUUUAAAGUCACAGUACUCGUGAUGAACUAUGUAAAGAUACUGAAAUUCCUUUAACCACAAUUGUGAAUAACACGAAGUGACAGAGUUAGUUUUUCUCAGCAUAUGUCUAUAUAUAAAUACCUUGGUAGCUGUAUGUUGUAAAAGUAUGUUGAUUGAUUUUUUUCACUCUCAAAAACCGUUAAAUCAUUAUUGUGUGUAGCCUGUGUUUGGUGAUAUAAACCAGGUUCUAUGUAUAAGGGGAAUGUUCUAGUCUUGUACACAUCAAUGCUUUUCUUUAUUCUCGUGUCUUUCAUUUAUAUAAAACCUAAAUGAUAUACUCACUUUUUACACAAAUGUAUAAUUUAUAAUUCUAACAUGUUCAAAGGCCAUUUUAAAAUAAAAAAGAGAAUGGAAAAUGACGAUGGUAGGGUUUUGAGAUAAUAUGUGAAAAGAUAAAAGGAGAAUCUAGAUCAAUCUAUACCAUUAACCGUGUAGAUCGAAUUAAAGUAGAUUUAUGUUUCACGUUGUUAGUGUCCCUUUACCAUGGUAACUGUACAUAAUUUGAGUUUGGUGUGGUUGACAGUACAAUGAUAAAACAAAUAAAAUAAAACCAAAACAAUGAUAAAAAUUAUAGUGUUUAACAAAAAAAGAUAAUUUUCCUUAAUAUCUGAUUUUGUUGUUGUUGUAAAUUAUGACUUAAUAAAGAAGGGACAGUACUAACAUCAUUUAUGAAGAUUAGAUAUUUUAAGUUCACAGAAUUUGAAAUAAUAGCAAUAUGAAUUGUUUUAUGUCCAAUAAUCUUGAGUUCUGCAACCUUUGUAAUGAUGCAUUUCAAUUUUUUCACCAGCUCAAAAAACACGUUUAGAAAUAUAACUUUUCCUGUAAAUUAAUUGAUGUACUAUGGAAGACAAUACUCACGGAAGUACAUUUAUGUAUCAUUGAAAUACCCAAACAAUUUUGAAUGAUAAUCACUCAGUAUUGAAGUUGAAACUAAAUACAGAUAGCUGUAUAGCCAUAAUUUGCCGAUGAUAAAUGAAAAUAUUUCUACAAUUUAUAUCAAUGAAAUUAAGGAGGCUGCUGUUUUGUGGGUAGGUAGGCAAAGUGGAAACCAACAACAUUUUUGUCGUGACCUUAUUUUAUAAUUACAGUAAAUUACAGAUUUUAUACAACAGGCAAUCAAAUGUUAUUUAUCCCAGCUGUAAUACUUACUGAUCUAUAAGUAGGACAUGUGGCUGGUGUUGUAGACAUGUUGUGUAAUCAAGUUUUCAUAUUUAUGUAAUGUCUGUGAACAUGUCGUAAAACUUUUUAAUUCUCAUAAAACACAAAUACGUACCACACCUACUGUUGGAUUAUAAAUCACCUGUAAAAUUGUUUGUUUUUGUCAAGAUAUUACAGGAUUUUUGGGGAGAAAAUUGAAAUAUUGUAAUAAUAUUUCAUGGAGUUUGUAGAAACUCCUUUUUCCUGAUAUAAUUGUUAAUAAUGAAAACCAUUUCGAUCUACUCGUAACAAUAUGGGAUCACAUGAUGAUGAUAAUUUAGGGACCACAUAUUUUGUUGAGAAGGGUUGGGGUGGAAUACAUGUACAUUGAUGAUGUGAGAAGACUGUUUACGUAACUAUUAAUCAAGUGUUGUAUUAUGGUGAUAUAUUACUUGAUUACUUGUGAUGAGGUUCAACGGACAAACUUCACGAUGAUGAGAUUAGUGUGUAAUCUUUCCAGCGUUUCAGAUCUGUUAUAUUUAUUUGAUUCCUGUUGUCAGUAUUCCUGACUUUUGUUUUCUUUGUUUCCUCCUGUAAUUCACUUUGAUUAUCCGUAAUACUGCUUGCUUACAGAAGCACAUUAUAUUUUUCCUGACUUGAUACUUACAGCUGUAAAUUAUAUAUGUGGAUUUCUUUAGAUGUAUUUGUCUUGUAUAUUACAAUAUUUAAAAUACUAAUCUUAAAAAAAAUCAAAACAAGACAAUGUAGCCAGUGCAGAUAGAAACAGUAUUGAUAAACUCACUUUGGCAUUCUGCAUAGGAAUUCGUAUAUUUUGUAUCAGAGUGGUUCUAAAAUGCCUUGCUUGGUGUCAAAAAAAAUAAAAAAUAGUGAGAUGGAGAUCAAAUUUGUCUAAUCUGUAAUUGUAUUGUUUAAAAAUAAAUUUGAUUUGAAUGAUGGA